AUUCUGAACAUUUCCUCUGAGACAGCCAGCCCUGAAGCUUCUCUGAGAGCAGUGCUGAGCAGAGCCAUGGAAAAAUCAGUCUCAGCCAUUGAAAUAUGUCACCUCCUGUGCAGUGUCCACAGAUCGUUUCCAGGCCUGCAGCCUGUCAUGCAGGAGUUAGCAUACAUUGGUUUCCUUACUAAGGAAAAUGGAGAGAAGGAAACGUGGAAGUUUAAUAAUGAAUUUCACCUUAAAGCCAAUGGCAAAGAAGAUGAAAACGCAGCUGAGCCAGCCAAAGAAGCCUGCCAGUCUGGGGAACAAAACAAGGAAGGAGAGACUGGUUCCUUGCCAGAACACCAAGAGAAAGACACUUCUGCCUCCCCAGACUCUGCCAAGAAGAGCUUCGUCUGUAAAGCCUGCGACAAAAGCUUUCAUUUCUACUGCCGCCUAAAGGUGCACAUGAAGCGCUGCCGGGUGGCCAAGAGCAAAGAAGUGCAGUGUAAUGAAUGCAGUGAGACCAAGGAGUCUAAGAAAGAACUGGAGAAGCAUCAGCUGGAGGCCCAUGGUGCAAGUGGAGAGCCUGACGUCCCCAAGAAGAAGAAGAAGAGGCUUCCUGUGACAUGCGACCUCUGUGGAAGAGAAUUUGCCCAUGCCUCAG